AUGGCCACUAUUGGUAUUGACCUGGGCACAACGUACAGUUGUGUGGCUUGUUAUCGCCACAAUCAACCGCAAGUAAUACUAAACACCCAUGGUGAACCGGUGACACCAAGUGUGGUUGCGUUCACCGAACAAGAAUAUCUGACUGGGAAUCCUGCGGUGUCUCUGCUGGAAUACUGCCCAGAAAACACUGUUUAUGACAUCAAACGACUAAUCGGACGUCCUAGCUCAGAUCUAGCAACUGAAAAAAUUUGUGAACAAUUUCUGUUUGAAAUCAGUUUAUCUGAGCCGCGUCCCAAGGUGAAUGUUCAGUACCGAAACGAAUUGUGCCACUUCAGUCCAGAAGAGAUUACUUCCUUCAUUCUCAAAGAUUUGACCAACUCUGCAGAAACGUUUUUGCAAGAAGAAGUCACCGGUGCGGUUGUUACGGUUCCCGCCUCGUUCAAUCACUUGCAACGUAGAGCGAUUAAAUCUGCCUGUCAACUAGCUGGGCUCAAACAGGUCCGUCUGUUGAACGAGCCAACCGCGGCAGCACUAAGAUACGGUUUGGACAAACGACUAAAUAAUGGUUCGAUCGUCCUUGUCUACGAUUUGGGAGGUGGAACAUUCGACUUGUGUGUUAUGGAGUUUCGUGAUUCUGUUUUCGAAGUGAAGUGUAGUCAAGGCAAUCCGAAUCUCGGUGGUCGAGAUUUUGAUCGGCGUUUGAUGAACCAUAUCAAGGACAAAUUUGAAAAUCUAUACAAGUGUAAUUUAACCGGGAAUCGAAUAGCAUUGGAACGGUUGCGUAAAGCUUGCGAAUCGGCCAAAUUUCGACUAUCUGAAGCGGCUUUCGCCAAUGUGAGUAUACCUCAUUUUAUCGAAAACAUAUCGCUGAAGGAAACUAUAGAUCGAGUCACUUUUGAACGGUUGAAUGAAGAUUUGUUUCAGCGCACAUUCAGUUUAAUGGAGCAAAUGCUUCAGGAAUGUGGAAUAAGCGAUCGGAAAAUGAUCGAUGAGGUGAUCAUGAUCGGUGGCUCAACUAGAAUACCCAGGAUAAGAAAACUUAUGAAAGAGUUCUUUCACGAAAAACAUUUAAAUUGUGCUCUGAAUCCCAACCAGGCAGUUGCCGAAGGUGCAGCCAUUUAUGCAGCAAAACAAUACGGACCGACAGACUCCAACGAACACUCUGACUGGGUUUUGCAAGAAGUAAGUCCACUAUCCAUCGGGCUUGAGGACAGCGAAGGCAAAAUGGUUUCCAUGAUUGAACCCAGAACACCGCUUCCAGCUAAGGGAACAAUUUACGCAACCACAGCGGCGGAUAACCAGGAUACAAUGCUCAUUAAAGUUUACCAAGGACCACAUUCCAUAGCAGCACAAAAUCAAUUGUUAGACCAUGUUUUAUUUGAAGGAAUCGUUCCCGAACCUGUUGGACGUGCACUGGUACGAAUUGGGUUCAAACUGAAUGUGGAAGGAAUUGUAACUCUGGAUAUCUACAACCUGAUCAACGGAACGGGUGUAAUCUGUCAGACCAAGACCAUUGAUUGUGCCCCAGAUCACAAUGAGAGGACACUUUAUCAACAGGUACAAACACAACAAGCUCAGACACAACACAUACCUUUGGGCCGAAGUGGGCAAAAAGACGAGGUUGCCCGUAUACGCCUAAGUUUGUUGCUCAACGCAACCUCAAAUAAUCACACGAUUAACAAAAAUCCACUGAUGAAAAAAACAUAUACCGAAAUCAAACAUUGGUUGGAACAGAAUCCGUCAGCUGGACAUUUGGAAAUCGAAAAUCAAAUCAAAAAGUUACAAAAUCUCACAAAAACGCCCACAAGCAUCGGACGGAGGUAA